UGAAUAAAACUGUGAAGAUCGGGUCUGUGGACAGAGCAGGAGGAAAGACAGUGAACAGGAACCAUGGGCUCUCCCGUCUGUCUUAUGGUGCUCUUCAUUUUGGCUGCUGAGUCUGUACAUGGACAGGACAGGUUCUUUAUCUCAGCUCCCAAUGUGUUCCAUGUGGGGGUGAAGGAGCGUGUUUAUGUCCAGCUGGGUAAAGCCCUCCUGAAUAAACGUGUUACCCUCUACCUGGAGCAUGAGGAAACUGCAAAUCUGAUGUCUCAAAAGAGCAGCACUCUGUGUACUGAGGAGGGACAGAUCCAAACUGUGGAACUAGAGGUAGAAAGGGACAAGCUGCCCAUCUUUGUGGAUUUUCCCUAUCUUAUGCUGGUGGCUGAGAUGGAUGGGGUCAAAGACAGAAAGAUGGUGAGGGUCCUAGUCUCCCAACACAGAGGCUAUAUCUUCAUUCAGACUGACCAGCCUAUCUACAACCCUACACAGCAAGUGAAAUACAGGAUAUUUACCCUCAACCACUCAAUGAAGCCCCAUGAUGACGUUUUUCACAUCUCUAUUUUUAAUGCUGCGGGCAACCGGAUAAUGAAGACUCUUAAGAGAGCUACGGAUGGAAUAUUCACAGAUAUCCCUUUUAAUAUCCCUGAUGUCUCAGAAAUGGGUGUGUGGAGGAUCGUGGCUCAUUACCAAGGAGAUGAAAAUAAUGCUGUUACUCGAGAAUUUCAAGUCAAGAAAUUUGUGCUGCCGAGCUUUGAGGUGACCGUCAUACCUGAGCAAAGCUACUUUCUAUUGAACACUGAACAGGUCACCUUCACAAUUUUAGCCAAGUACUCCUAUGGUGAGAGUAUAAAGGGAGCUUUCCACUGCCGGUUUGGAGUGAAGGAGAAAACACAGGGGCCGGAUGGUGAAAAGGAGAAGAUUGUCUUCAUCAGAGGAUUGGAGCUGACUGGAUCGAUACAAGCUGGAGAGGGGUCAGCGGUUCUCCAGGAAUCCAAGCUCAUCGAGCAACUCAAAUCCAACCUCAACACCACCCUCUCAGACGUGGUCCAGAGCAAAGCACAGCUUUACGUGGCAGUGUCUGUCACUGACAUCAUCAGUGGUGAGCUACAGGAAGCAGAGGUGUCUCUUCCUGUUGUUUCCCAGCGUUACACUGUAGACCUGUCCCGUACCCGCUCUCACUACAUCCCUGGAGUUCCCCUCAGUGUAGUGGUGGUGGUCCGUCUCCCAAAUGGUUCCCCAGCUGUUGGAGAGCCAGUGAGAAUGCAUCUGCCAGAACUCCAGGAUGGAGACCAAACUGUAAAGACUAACCAGCAGGGCGCAGUGUGGCACGAUUUUAACCUUCCCAAUCUUGAUCGUGACAUUACUGUGGAGGUGACUGUAGAUGACCAGAAAAUAACCAAAGACGUCAAACGUGCAUCGUCUCCUGGGAACACCUAUCUGAGCGUGAGCGUGAGCCAGAAGAUUCUGACGCCGGGUCAAUCCCUUUCCGUUGUAUUCAAAGUCUUCAAUGGGCCACCAGAGGAUGGGUUUAUUUACUACAUGGUUUUCAGCCGUGGAGUGCUAACAAAACAGGGUUCUGUCAAAUCAGGGGACUUAACAAAGAUUCAGCUUCCAAUCACGUCUGAUAUGACCCCCUCCUUCCGUCUGAUUGGCUACUACUAUGAUCAGAAAGGUGACAUCAUUACUGACUCUGUGUGGGUAGACGUCAAUGAUGUUUGUGAGGGGACAGUGAAGGUAAAGUCAAAAGAUGAAUAUCUACCAGGAAACACGGCAAAGCUGGAGAUAGACUUAAAUGGUCAGAAGGCCAAAGUUGCCUUGCUGGCUGUGGACAAGGCUAUCUAUGCUCUCAAUGCCCACAACAAACUCACCCCCAAACAGGUAUUCUCGUCGAUGCAGUCCUAUGACCUUGGGUGCUCAUACGGUGGCGGCUCAGAUACAGCCUCUGUGUUGAACGACGCUGGCUUGUCAUUCAUCUCCAACUCUCAUGUGCUAUCUAAGAUGAGGAAGGGGUUUAACUGUGAGUCAGGCUUCAGACGACAGAGGCGUUCCCUGGACCUCCAGGAGCAGAUGGUGUCCAUAAAAUCCAGUUACUCAGACGCCAAGCUGCAGGAGUGUUGUUCUCAUGGCUUGUCCCUGAUCCCCAUGCUGAGGACGUGUCAGCAGCGAGCCGAGAGAGUGGCACGAGCCAAUAAGGACCAUGUCUGUGUCAAGGCCUUCCUGGACUGCUGCAUAGAGGGAGAGAAGUUGAGGGAGAAGAAGAAACGAGACGACGCCCAGAGAGGACAUGGCAGGACUGUGAGUGCCACAGACAUCGAAGACUUCUUUGACACAACCAAUCAGCAAAUACGCAGAAGUUUCCCCCCAAGCUUUGCAUUCUCAGUGGUCGAUAUAAACGGCAAAGGAAGUCAUACUGUGGCUCUGCCUGAUUCCAUCACCACCUGGGAGAUACAGGCUGUCAGCUUGUCUGAUUCUCAUGGCAUCUGUGUGGCAGAACCACAUGAGUUCCGUGUGUUUAAGAAGGUUUUUGUCUCUCUGAGGCUGCCGUACUCAGUCAAAAGAUUUGAGCAAAUGUCUAUUGUUCCUGUUGUCUACAACUAUUGGGACCAGGAUGUACAGAUUGCACUCCACAUGGAGAGAAAUGACAAGCUCUGUUCACCAGGCUCCAGUUCCAUAAAAACCUAUGUCAACGUCACCGUGGAGGCCCACUCCUCCAAAGCCGUCACUUUCUCUGCAGUACCCAUGGAAACCGGCCCCAUACCCAUCAAAAUACGCCUUUAUGACAUAGAGAAUGAGGACGGCAGUGAUGCUAUUGAAAAGAUUCUGAAUGUUAGAACGGAGGGAAUAGAGAAGAGAGUGGAGGAAACUCAUUUUGUUGACCUGAGUGGCAAUAUUGGGAAGAGUGGCCAAUCUUUCAUGAUUAAUGGAAAGUUACCAGACAACACAGUCCCUGGCUCCAGCACCAAUAUCUUCGUCAAGAUGGAAGGGGAGCUGUUUGGCAAGUCCACUUCCAUAACCCUGCUCUCUUCCGAUGGGGUUAAAAGCUUGCUCAAUGCCCCUCAUGGAUGUGCAGAGCAGACUAUGAAACGUAUGGCCCCCACAGCCCUGGCCCUCCGCUAUCUGGACCUUAGCCAGCGCUGGUAUGAGCUGACCCCUGGCAUCAGAGAUACGGCCCUCCAGUUCACAGAGCAAGGCUAUAUGAGAAUUUUGACGUUUAAAAAGGGUGAUGGAUCGUAUGGAGCUUGGACGCACCAUCCAACCAGUUACUGGCUGACGGGCCUUGUUGUGAAAGUGAUGUCUCUGGUGGCAGAACGUCAGAAUGCAGGCGGUGGAGAGAAGGGGAGAUGGGCACAGGGUGUGUCUGAGCAGCAUAUCAUUGAUUCAGUCAGAUACCUCCUGGUUAAACAGAAGGAGGAUGGAUCAUUCUCGGACCCUAACCCAGUCAUACACAGGGAAAUGCAGGGAGGCAUUGGAGGGAUAGAGGGAGAUGUCUCCAUGACUGCUUUCAUAACUGUGGCUCUAAAUCGCUCCCUCCCUUUCCUGACAGACAACAAGGAGCGUAGCGAUACGAAAGCCAUUAUCUCCAAAGCCACCGACUACCUGCUCUCACGUGUUGAGGGGCUACAGAGGCCCUACGCUGUGGCCAUAACAGCCUACUGUCUGUCAGUCUGUCUGUCUGACCGGACACAGGCUGAGCCUGCCUGGGAAAAACUCAAAGGACUGGCAACUAAAGGGAAAGACCAUUGCCAUGGGUGGUAUGCUAACGCUGGCAUGGUGAAUGAGGAAAAGAAACAUUAUGUACCGACAACAGAGGCCAUAACAGUAGAGACUACAGCCUACGCCCUGUUAACUGCAGUGGCUCAUAAGGACACAGAGUGGGCAGACUCUGCAGCCUGCUGGCUGACUUCACAGGAGAACUAUGGAGGAGGUUUCAAGUCCACACAGGAUACUAUAGUGGCUUUGGAGGCUCUCUCUGAGUAUGCACUGAACAGGCCCCAACCUCUCAUCACAGAAGUGGCGGUAGAGUUCACUACUCCAGGGAAGAGCGACAUUCAGAAGCUGUCAUUGGACAACAAGGGGGAGAAAGUAGAAACGGAGCUGAAGAAACUGAUUGGUAAUGCUAUCAUUAACGUAGCGCUAACGGGACGGGGAAAAGCCAAGAUGAAGGUUACGAAGGCUUACCAUCUACUGGACACCUCAGACGACUGCAACCUUCUGUCAAUCACAGUCAAAGUAGAGGGGAAAGUAGAGUACACUGCCCAGAUUGUUGAAGACUACAACGACUAUGAGGGGGACUACGGAGACGGAGACGGAGAGAAAAGGGAGGAAGAGGAUGUCCCCCGAUCAGCGAUUGAGUGGUUUGACGCUCGCAGCAGACACAGAAGAGAUACUCAGCAAAGCCGGAAUUCUGAAAACGAUGUUGAAUACGAAGUCUGUGUGAGUCAUAGUCUGACCAGGAACCUCACAGGAAUGUCCAUAGCCGACAUCACACUGCUCAGUGGCUUUGAGGCACAGACAGACGACCUGGACAAGCUAAAGAACCCUGAUGAACAAUACAUCUCUCACUACGAGGUCUCACAUGGCAAAGUGCUGUUGUACUUUAAUGAGAUUGAGGAAAGGGAGUGUGUAACGUUUAGGGCUGUGCAGACAGUAACUAUAGGUUUACUGCAGCCUGCUCCGGCCACAUUCUAUGACUACUAUGAACCAGACAGAAAGUGUACUACUUUCUAUGCUGCACCAAAAAGAAGCAAGAUGGUUUCAACAUUGUGUUCAGGGGAUGUGUGCCAGUGUUCAGAGAGGCCCUGCCACAAAGAGAAGGACACAUUUGGACCACUGAAGCUAGAGAAGAAAGAUCGUUUUGAACAUGCUUGCUAUUCCCCCACUGUGGAUUACGGUUUCAUUGUCCAAGUCAUCAGUAUGUCUGUGAAGAGUAACUUUGAACUCUACACAACUAAUGUGACUCAGGUACUCCGAGCCACCGGAGAUGUGAAGCUGGAGGAGAGCAAAGUGCGAGUGUUCGCCAAGAGGCUCCAGUGUAAAGGACAGCUAGAGACAGGGAAGAAAUACCUCAUCAUGGGCAAAGAUGGCUCCACCACCGACUCUACUGGCCAGAUGCAAUACCUUUUGGAAUCAAAUACCUGGAUUGAACAAGUGCCUAAUGAGAAAAAGUGCAAAGGAACAAAUAACAAGACUACAUGCAACAAAUUUAAAGACUUUGUAUCUGAGUACAUGUUGAAUGGCUGCACCCAGUGACUGGUUCACUGACACGUUAACAUGCAUACUCAACACAUCAUCUAGAAAAUGAAAUGCUUUUAUUGAGUCAUGUAAUUCAGUGUUUGUAACAUCCACUUUCAAUACUUAUCAAGAUAAAUAAAAUUGCAUUUUAACCACAA